AUGGAAACACCUUUGGUAGACUACUUCCUCAUCUGUGGCCUGGAUCCGACCGUUGGACUGCGAGUGGACGAAAGUGCCUGCCAUGGUAAGGCUUUAAGUUUUCUGUACAUUGUUGCUUUCACUGUUCCUGGUUCCUAUAAUUUUUAGAG